AUCCGUGCUCGAGUGACGUGGGGACAUGUGCGCGUUGAAUGUCGCCUCUGUACUAUUUGUCUUAAGAGAUAUUCACGUUUGUGACUUGUUUUCUAAUAUUUGACGACCUUUAAAAAGCAUCAGUCCCCCGAGCCGCUCCAUGUACCCAGUACUUAUUUCAUUAGUAACUCGUUUGUAGUCCAUUACAUGCAAUUAUCUCUCCUCAUUUUCUUCUUUGGGAGUGCGAAGGUCUUCAAUUUGGAGAAAACUGAACCGGUUCUCCAUCAGCAAUGACCAGUACUGAAAGAAAGUGAGAUUAUUUACAUUAGAGUCCACAAGAAGCUUCCCCAGCGUGGUUGACCUGAGCAGUAGAAAUAGAAGGGGAGUAAACGAGUGCAGCAAGGAGAGGAGGAGUGUGUGAGGACAGUCGAUGGAUGCUGCCCGGAUUGAGGGGACAGCACAUUCUCAUCUGACGAGGAAAAGAAAGAUUUCAAAAUUGAGUCGAAGGACAGAAACUCGCCGUCAGGCAUGGUGUGUGAGAAGGGCAUACAGAUCCUUCUCACCAUCGUGGGUGCUUUUGCAUCCUUUGGCCUGAUGACAGUGUCUAUCGGCACUGAUUAUUGGCUCUACUCGCGGGCACUCAUCUGCAACAGCACCACCAAUUCCACACAAGAAGAUCCGCAUAAUAAGGACAAGAAGGACCCUGGGGCCCUGACACAUUCUGGCCUGUGGAGGAUAUGUUGUCUGGAGGGGGUGAAGCGUGGUGUGUGCUCCCAGAUUAACCACUUCCCAGAGGACGCAGACUUUGAUCAUGAUGGAGCUGAAUACGUCCUGCGAGUGGUCCGGGCCUCCAACAUCUUUCCCAUUCUUAGUGCCAUCCUGCUGCUAAUGGGAGGGGUCUGUAUCGCAGCCAGUCGUUUCUAUAAGAGCAAAAGGAACAUCGUGCUGGGUGCUGGCAUCCUUUUUGUAGCAGCAGGACUAAGUAACAUCAUUGGUGUGAUAGUGUACAUUUCUGCUGCCCUGGGUGACAUUUCUCCAAAGAAGGAUGAGGAUAAAAAAUGGCAGUACUCGUACGGCUGGUCUUUCUACUUUGGUGGGCUGUCCUUCAUCCUGGCUGAGAUGGUGGGCGUGUUGGCGGUGAACAUCUACAUCGAGAAGAACAAGGAGCUUCGCUGCAACUCACGCACCGAUAUCUUUAAGAGCACAACUCAUGCCAUGCUACGACUCCCAAGCUAUCGCUUCCGUCGAAGAUCACGCUCCAGCUCUCGAUCCACUGACCCCUCACGCUCCCGAGACCCAUCCCCCGUGGGUGGCCCUCCAGGCAGUAAGAACUACGGAAUGCCCCCCUCUGCUUUACUCUCCCAGGGGCCCAUCUCUGUGUCCACUUUACCCAACUCCCGCUCCGCUCUGCCAGGAGGCGAUAUUUCCCUUUACACCCUCUCCCGAGACCCCAAACUGGGUGGUAUAGGAGGACUGGGUGCCCCUCCACUGUACGGCACAGUGGACCGUGCCACACUAUACCAGCUGCACAACUGCUUCCCCAAGGAGGGCGGAGGGGGUGGAGGAGGAGGCAUGAUGAUGAGUGGGACGCUGCCCUCGCUCAAAUCCCACAAUCCUUCAGUGGUCCAGAAUUCUUCCAACUCCAGUGCUCCACUCAGCAACUCCAUCCCUUCCUCCCAGCCUCCUCCUUUUACUUUAUCUACAAUGGAGAGAGAACGAGGGAUGGGAACGCUGGAUAGGUUAGGGAAAGGUGACCGAGAGAGUAACUCCAACACACUAAACAGGAAAACUACACCAGUGUAGUCAGUAGUUGGAGGAGUUGAAAAAGUGCAAAAGCGUAGAAACAAGGCAAAUAACUCUCUCUAUAUUGACAAAGAUUUCACUUUAUGAAAAAUAUAGAAUAAAAGAAUGAUAAACGGCUCAUAAUAACAACAACACUCAUGUGUUUUCUUUAAUGUUUUGUAACAUGUUUUAACUUGAAACAAUAAUCAUGGGAUACUGUGAUGUUUAUUAUUUUGCUUUGAUUUUAGAGAUGUGGAAUUUCAAGAUGGUGAAGUGUUGUUGUCAUUACGACCAAGUUUAAUAAUUGCUUAACAUUUUGAAUGAUUUGAAUGAUUGAUUUACAAAGAUGUUGACUGUGAUUCCAAAACAUGUGAUACGGAGCACUGCGGAAACAUGAGUUUAUUAAGUGUGAGAAUGAGAUUAUUACAACUAACUUUGUGAAAGCAUUUUAUUUAUUUUAAAAAAGUUUUAUUUUAUACCCUUUGAUAACAUGCAAUUUAGUAUGUAAUAUCUGUAUAUCUGUCUUCCAGCUCAGCAAACAAAUCAGCAACAAAGUGUCAAAAUGAAAAAGUUUUAUAUAUAUAACCCUUCCAUCAUAUUAUUUUUGUUAUAAUCAUUGUUAGCAGUAGAAGGUAGCACUUGUUGAAUUGAAAAUCUUUGUUUUGGGGCAUUAAUACAAUCCCUCACUUGGACAAAGUGGGAGAGAGGAUACGUUUGUAUAGAACAAGGGGUAAAUGAUGUUCAGAAAAGGGACGUCAACCCAAAACUGUGAUUUUCAAAAGGGUGAGAAAUUUAAGGGUCAUUUAAAUAACAGAAUUGUAAAAUCAAUGAUUUGCUGUUGUGUGGUUGCAAGAAGUUUAAAAAAAAACUAAAAAGAAUGUUUUGAAAUGUCAAUGUUAUUUACGCAUCAGUGUAUUUGUACAAAUAUUUACUUUUGUUAAAAUCAAAAGAUUACAGACAUGAUGGGGCCUUUAUGUAUUGGAAAGGGCCGAAUUGGUUGGAGGGCAUGUUUGAAUAUGUAUGAAGACAUUGUCUUACUUGAGCUCUGAUUGGGCUACACUCAUUUGUUGGGGGCAUGCCCUGGGUGUGCUUAGUCAGCUCCCUUUUUCAGUCGUCAGGGGACUAACCAGAGUCUGACGUUUCUAUGAGUGUCCCAUUUGCUAAAUUAUUCCAGUGCGCUAAAGUUUGCUACCUAUAAUAUCCCAGAAUGCACCAUACAAACUAGGGAGAAGCACUGCUCACUCUGCUUCCUUUCCGGAAAUGUCGUCAGGAUUUCUGAAGUCUCUCAAGCCUUAUUUUCUGUUUAAAAUAGAUUGUUCAUAAUAAAUUUCAUCCAUAAUGUGCAUGAAAAGGAAACAAUCUUAAUCUUAAUUAUAAAAAAAUGCACUCCUUUGUAAUUUUUCUUUAAGUCAUUUAUCUUUCAUUAUAACACCACAAAAAUGCACGAUAGUGUCAUUUGUACAGCAAAGUUUUUGAUUAAUACCGGCUUUAAUCAAUCAAAUACGUGACCUAUGUAAUGGUGUCGCAGGUGAUUGAGUCAUAAGUGUCCCGAUGUUCAAUAGAUCAACACCCUGGCCAAUGCCCGAAUUCCUAUUUUUACAGUAUACUGAUUCAUGACGUAGGAAGCUAGAUGAGAUGCACACCCUGUGUCAUUUGUGUUAUCCCUUCAUUGUGAUCAUGACAGCAUCCAAGGCAAUGCUCCUCAAAAAUAAAUAAAUAAAUAAAUAAAUAAAUAAAUAAAUAAACUCACUGUGCUCCACCUGAUUCCCUUUGACCUUUCUGCUUCUCUUAAUGAGAGAUUAUAAAUGGGAACAUUCUGCUAACCUUUACUUCAUGAUCCCAGCCAACAAGAGGUCUCCACGGGACACCACCUCAUAGAGUGUAAAUGGGCAUCAAACCACACAACCUCCUGCAACUGGGGGUCAUUUUUAAUUCAUAAAAAUUGUGAAAAACUACACAGACAGCAUUUAUGUGGUCAGUUAUAAAUGGUAUGUAGUGGAGAAUACUGUACAUAUAUCUAGAGAAAACAAUAUGGUUUAUCUUAAUGUGUGAUAAACUAACACUGUAUUGCAUGAAUUUUAUAUAUAAAACAAAAAA